AUGUCCGACGGCGCUUGUCAAAACGUCGAUUCGGAUCAGAUUUGUUGUAAAAAACGUAAAAUUUCCGAGUUACAUGAGAACAAUGUAAACGAAAAUCAGUUGAAGUUAGAAGACUUUAUUCCGGAGAAAGUUUUGAACAACAAUACAAAUAGGAAAACGGUCUGUGUGCAAGGAAAAUUUAAAGACAAAACUGGCGUGGGUUUGAUUGUAUUAGAGAAAAAUGCUUUCAAAGAAGAAGAAUUAGACGAAAACGGUUAUUUUUCUGAGGAUUCAGAGCUUCGCACGUUGUUCCAGAACGAUAUUUACGGCAAUUUCGAGUGUUUCCCUCGAUCUUCCAUUAACGGACUAAGAGCUACUAUAAUUUUCCCAGCUACUGAAAAUCACAUCGUGAAAUACAGUCGGCAAGAAGUCCACCUCGUUUCUGAGACUCCAGAGUUGUAUCAAACACUGACAUUGCCUCAUAUUGAGAGUAAACAAUUUAAUAUACAGUGGGUAUACAAUAUCUUGGACGGCAAAAAAGAACAAGACAGAGUGAUCUACGAUAACAAGUGUGAAAAAGAAGGAUUUUUAAUUGUACCUGAUUUAAAGUGGGACGGGGUAACAAAGGAGACACUGUAUUUGUUAGCAAUUGUCAGACGUAGAGGCAUUAAGUCUUUGAGGGAUUUGAAUGAGACUCAUCUACCGCUUUUGAAGAGAGUUAGAGACGAAGGAAAGAAAGCAAUCUUAGAAAAGUACAACAUACCUGGCACCCAACUGCGCAUCUACUUGCACUACCAACCCUCGUACUAUCAUCUGCAUAUACAUUUCACGUACCUACGUCACGAGGCUCCCGGGAUCUAUGCAGAAAAGUCCCAUUUACUUGAGACAGUCAUCAAUAACAUUGAAAUGAUGAACGAUUAUUAUCAAAAAGCUACUCUGCCUUUCACCAUUCGUGAAAUGGACGACCUUUUCAACGUUUAUGAGACAAAUGGAUUUCUAACACGUAUUACAUCGAAUAGUGAGAAACUAAUUGAUAAAUAAGAACGUUGUAGAAUAAUUUCAUGAUC